AUGGCAGGGUGGAAUAAUACACAUUUCAAGGAAUUUAUUCUUCUAGGACUCACUGAUAACCACAAACUAGAGAUUAUACUUUUUAUUAUAUUCCUUAUUUUUUAUAUUGUCACCUUUCUAGGUAACAUAGGCAUCAUAGUGGCCAUCAGAGCAGAUUCCCGACUCCAUACACCUAUGUAUUUUUUUCUCAACAAUUUGUCGUUCUUAGAUCUUUGUUAUGCAACUAUCAUAACACCAAAAACACUGGAGAACUUCCUCUCAAAAACCAAGGCCAUCGGUUACAAUGAAUGUGCACUACAAAUGUUUUUUUUUGCUGCCUCUGUAACUACUGAAUGUUUCUUAUUAGGAAUAAUGGCCUACGAUCGCUACGUAGCAAUAUGUAACCCAUUGCUGUACUCUGUUGUUAUGAGUAACAAGGUCUGCAUCCAGCUGGUCGCAGGAGCUUAUACUCUUGGCUAUUUAAAUUCAACACUUCAUACCAUUUGUACCUUUCGACUACCUUUCUGUAAAACCAACAAGAUUAACCAUUUCUACUGCGAUGUGCCUCCACUCUUGAAGCUAUCUUGUGUAGCUACAACCAUGAAUGAAAUUCUGAUGUUUAUAUUUGGAGGAUUUGCUGAAACAAGCUCCCUUUCCACAAUUAUUGUUUCCUACAGCUACAUUAUAACCACUAUACUGAGGAUUCGCUCAUCAGAAGGAAGAAAAAAAGCUUUUUCUACAUGUGCAUCUCACUUAGUGGCUGUCACAAUAUUCUACAGCACUAUCCUUUUUAUGUACCUGAGACCUACCUCUACAUAUUCCAUGAGCCAGGAUCGAGUUGCUUCUGUAUUUUAUAGUGUUGUUAUUCCAAUGCUAAAUCCACUUAUCUAUAGUUUAAGGAACAAGGAGGUAGCACAAGCAUUGAAAAAAAUCAAAGAUAAAUAUUGUUGUAAAUAA